AUGUUCGUUACCAUGUUCGUUACCAUGUUCGUUACCAUGCGACGCUGCAAGCCCUGGCAGCAGUGCUUUGGCAUGCCAACGAAAGUCCAGACAUACCUCAACAAAGGCCAAACAUACUGCCUCACCGUAUCAGACUCUACCUCACACACAAAGUCAGCUGGGUUUCUUGAAUAUGGAACGUUCGUGCAUGUUCGUCGUCGCAGCUAUGGAAAGAAGGUCGAGGCGCGAAAGAAGCCUAUGAGCGCAAAGGCAGGACCUUAG